AUGAUAUCGCAUCACCUUCUCGUUGCCAUCGCCCUCAUCCCUGUCGUGUUGGCGCGCCCCGCCCCGGCAGGCCUCACUGAUGCAGUAACGCAGGCGCCUUCAGGCUCAAAGACCGUCAUUGCUCAGAUGUUUGAGUGGACUUGGGACAGCAUCGCUGCCGAGUGCACGGCUUACCUGGGCCCGACAGGCUACGGUUAUGUUCAGACCUCGCCUCCGCAGGAGCACAUUACUGGCGAUCAAUGGUGGACGGACUACCAGCCAGUCUCGUACACGCUGACUUCAAAGCGCGGCACGCGCGAUGAAUUCGCGGCGAUGGUGACGACUUGCAACGCAGCAGGCGUCAAAAUCAUCGCCGACACCAUCUGGAACCACAUGGCCGGCAUAGAUUCGGGAUCCGGUUCUGCGGGCUCCAGCUUCACGCACUACGACUAUCCCGCGGUUCCCUACACGGACGACGGCGACUUCCAUCACUGUGGUCUCGAGCCCGGCGACGACAUCGUCAACUACGAUAACGCUGUGGAAGUUCAAACGUGCGAGCUUGACAAUCUCGCAGAUUUGGCUACGGAGACGGACCACGUUCGCCAAACCCUCGCCGCCUAUGGCAACGACUUGCUCUCGCUCGGCGUCUCGGGUCUGAGGUUGGACGCGUCUAAGCAAGACGUGUCGGACAUCGCGGCGAUUCUCGCCAUGCUCGACUCAACACCCUACAUCACCCAGGAGGUCAUCUACGGAGAGGGUGAACCGAUCACGCCCAACCAGUACACUGGCAACGGCGACGUCCAAGAGUUCCGUUACACUACUGCCUUGCAGGACGCAUUCGGUGGAAGCGGAAUUUCGAGCCUCGAGGAUCUCGACAACCGAGGCUGGGUUCCCGGUUCGGGAGCGAAUGUCUUCGUUGCCAAUCACGAUACUGAGCGGAAUGGAAACUCAUUGAACUACAACUCGCCCGACAAUGAAUAUUGGCUCGCAAUGGUAUUCUCGCUGGCGCACAGCUACGGAACGCCGACGAUUCUCUCCAGCUAUUCCUACAGCACCACGGACGACGGCGCGCCAAACGGAGGCGUGGGUACCUGCUCCGGGACCGCCGGCACCAAUGGAUGGUUAUGCCAACACCGAUGGGUUGGCGGUAUGGUCGGCUUCCAUAACAACGUCGGCGACGCCGCCGUCACCGAUUGGGUGUCGCCGUCCUCUGAUCAGAUUGCGUUCGGCCGUGGAUCCUCCGGUUUCGUGGCCAUCAACAACGAGGACUCUGCCUGGUCGACCACCUUCCAAACUUCUCUGGCUGCCGGAACUUACUGCGACGUGAUUGCGGGACCUGACUCGACCGCCGGAUCGUGCACCAACUCAACCAUCACCGUCGCAAGCGAUGGCACGUUCACGGCAACCGUUGGCGCCCAAAAUGCCGUUGCCAUCCAUACCGGCGCUACUGCUUAA